UUCUUCCACCUUCUUCUUCAUCCGCAAUUCAGCCAUCGUCUCCAUGUUGGUCCGCUAGAUGCCUAGCGAUCAAUAAAAAAAUCGAUGGAUCCGUCGAUCAAACAAACACUCACCGCAAACUCUCUUUCUCUCCUGCCUCUCCUGCGCCUAAACCCUCUCGGUUUCUGUCUCCCUGCAACUUCAGGCUUCGCCCUCGUGUCCUCCCUCGUCGUCAGUGACUCGCUCAGAACCCUCGCACGUGCACUUCACUCAAGAAUUUAUUCCACCCAUUUGUCGUAUACCGGAAAAUUCGGGACACAGAAAGAUGAAUUUUGGAUUCCUUGCCAACUUCGAUUAGCUCUUCUUCAGCUGCUGGGAAAUCGAAAAGGGAAAAUCGGCCAUGCCACAAAGUGAUGGAGGAGCUCGACGGGCAAAAUGUGGGGGCGAGAGCUUUUGUGUUAUGAAUGAAUGGCAAGAUUUUAUGAUUCUUUCGCAGCGGCGUGUUUAGGUGUGCCACGUAAGCCGCAAUGUACUGCCACGUGGACCUGGCGGAGUUUGACGCCAUGGCGUGCAAUGAAGUGCCAGGCGGAAGAGGCGGAAGAGGCGAAUGCGACCGGCAACGGCUGCCGCGCCUGAAUUCGGGCAGACGAAUCAGAAAGUCUUUCUCGGUGCCUAAUUCCUGGAGGACUGGGGAAGAGCUCAGCUCAGCAUUUGAGGAGAAAGAUGGUGCAUGAGCAAGGCUCGCAAGGCCACACGCAUUGAACGGAGGACCGAGGGGACGAUUUGUGACGAACCUGAGCUAUGGGGACUCUACCCUUUCCUUCACCAUGUCCUCUUCUCCCAAAUGCAGGGCGGAGCUCUGUCAUAAGAUUUCCGUCCUCGGUGCUGUCUCGUUCAGUAAAAUCUUUUCCAUGUUCACAAAUUUCGAGGAGGGUCGUGCGAGCUAUUUGCUCUGUGGCAGAAGAUAAUGGUCUGCCAUCGAUUCCGGGAGAAGGUUUCAUUGACGAAGAGGUUCGUAUCACAUCAGCUAACAGAGAGCAGCCUGAAGAGAAUGAGAAAGUGAUCAUAUCUACUGAAUGGAGGAGUAGAACAGCAAAAUUAUUCCAGGAGAAGCCAGACUAUGUCAGCGAAAGAUAUGUACGAGGAUCAGUGAAGUAUCAAAUUGAGUUGGAGCAGAGUUUCCGCCUCGAAAAUCCCAGUUCUACUUCCGGAGACGAGUUGGAAGGAGAAGGCUCUCGGGAGGAUGCUGAAUCCUUAUCAGGGUUAGGAGGUGAUUCUGAUGGAGCUGGCGAGGAGUCCACAAGCGGCAAGGAGGAAGGCACGUGGAGCAGUGAGACCUAUCUCAGGCAGCUUUUGAUGCAAAGACGGAAGUCGAAGCAGGUUUUCUUCUCAACCGAAGAUCCGCCCUUCCUAUCCCAAAGUGCACUUGCUACCCGCGAAGCUCGAAUAGAGGACCCGAGUGCAGAUGCAGGUGCUUCUCUGGUUCGAGCUGACAUGAGGGAGAAGCCUGUCGAUGACGAUGAGCUGAUUCUGAGACGAGCAUUAAAAAAGAAGAGGGCGAUCGCAGAGGAGACACUUGAAUCGGCUUUACGAGCUGGUGGUCUCGGUCCGACUUACAGCAGAGAUGUUAUGGCUCGGUUGUCUCCUUUCGUCGACAGAAUUUUGACGGAAGCAGUUUAUCUGAAGAAAGUUCCCGCUUAUAAGCAAUUGUCCUUCAAUUCCCGAGCAAGGCUUUACUUGGAUCAGAGCAGAGUCGUGGAUCUCAUCAAGUGGUUGAAGCACCAGAAUCUGUCAGUUCCGCGAAUCGGCAGUCUGAUCUGCCUGGCUGAUGAAAAUCUGGAACGUAUCAAACCGAGGAUAGAGGUUCUGAAAAGUAUAUAUGUCAAAGGAAGGGAAUUAGGAGUUGUGCUCGAACGGGAGCCGAGCCUCUUGGACCAGUCACUAGCUGAGAUUCACAACACUAUCCAGAUUCUGGAAACCGCUGGUAUAGAAAGGAAAUGGCUCGGUCUGGUUGUGAGCCGGUCACCGAGAGUGUUCUCUGUUGGCAGCGAUGAGUUGCUGCAGAAGAUCUCGAUGUUCACUGAUCUGGGUGUAUCUCCAGAGGACUUCGGACUCCUAGUCUUCAAGUUCCCAGCCGUUCUCGGAAAUCUGUCUGUCGAGGAAAUGUUGUCGAAGGUGGACUACCUUCGGCAAAUUGGGCUAGAGGAUGAGGUGCUCAGACGGGUGAUUGUGAGCACUCCGCAGCUUCUAGCAUGUAGCAUUGGAGAAUCUUGGGACAAGUUGCUGAGAUAUUUUCAUUUCCUUCGGAUUGAAUUAUCAGGGAUAAGACGAAUCUUGGGUGUGCAGCCAGAAGUUUUCUGCCUGAAUCUAGCAGAUACUAUCGCACCGAAGGUACGGUUUCUGCGCGCGAUAGGUGUACGUGAUGAGAUCAUUGGCCAAGUGAUUGUAAGCUUUCCAGCAAUUCUGACGUACAGCUUGGACAAGAAGAUCAGACCCGUGGUCAGGUUUCUUCUGGAAGGAGCUGGAGUUGCCGAGGCGGAUGUGGGCAAGGUCAUUGCUCAGAAACCAGAGCUAAUCGGCUGCAGCCUGGAGGAGAAGCUGCAGGUUAUUGUGAAAUGGUUCGGCUCACACAGAAUACCACCUCGGCUGCUGGGUGGAAUGAUAGCAAAUUUUCCGCCUCUGUUGAUGUACAGUAUACCAACACUUCAUCCCAAAAUUCGAUACUUUAAGCGAGUUAUGAAGCGGCCGUUGGAUGAUAUAAUUGCAUUUCCCAGGUACUUCAGCUACUCUCUGAAGACGAGGAUUAUGCCGAGGCACGAGCUUCUUGUCAAGAGGGGGCUGAGUUUCAGUUUAAAACACAUGCUAGCAUGUAGUGACGAGACAUUUAACUCGAGGGUUGCAGCAGCUGAGUCCAGGGUUUUGGAACCAGGGAAGAUGUCCGAAGAUGUUGAAUCCGAUGUAGAUUGCGAACAAGACGAUGAUGUAUUUGGUUCUGAACGGGAAAUACAGAACGUGUCUGCUUUAUCGUAAACG